UUCUGUUUCCUCAAGUCGAUUGUACCGAAAUCUCGUCCUUCCACUCGAGAAAAACCGUUAAACCGUUCAAGUAUCGAGUCUUCAAAUCAGCCCUGCCCCAAUUUACACCAUUCUAGAGGCAGGCAAACGGUCUACUUGGCCUUGCAUCUUUCCACCCAUUGAAUUACCUCCGCACCUCGUGGGUGUUUGAACGUCCCACCACCAUGGCUACCCCUCCAGCUCCAGCAGUGGGCGUUCCCUCGUCCGCCCCGACCAUCCGCAUAGGCACGCGCAAGUCGAACCUCGCCAUGAAACAGACCCAUAUCGUCCUCGAGGGCCUGAAGCGUAUCCGGCCCGACUACAACUACGAGAUCCACAGCAUGGCCACCCUGGGCGACAAGGACCAGAACACGGCCCUCUACAACUUCGGCGGCAAAGGUCUCUGGACCAACGAGCUCGAAGCUAAGCUCACAAACAAACAACUCGACGUCAUCGUCCACUCGCUGAAGGACAUGCCCACCGUCCUCCCCCAAGGCUGCGUCCUGGGCGCCGUCACCAACCGAGAAGACCCGCGGGACGUUAUCAUCUUCAAGGCCGGCACCGAGUCCCAAUACAAGACCAUCGCCGACCUCCCCGCCGGCAGCGUCAUCGGCACCAGCAGCGUCCGCCGCAUGGCCCAGCUCAGGAGGAAGUACCCGGGCCUCGAGUACGCGGACACGCGCGGCAACCUCGAGACCCGCCUGCGCAAGCUCGACGACCCGGAGGGGCCCUACGCCGCCAUCAUCCUCGCCGCCGCGGGGCUACUCCGCAUGGGCUACGACGCGCGCAUAGGGCAGUACCUCGCCUCGGACCAAGGGGGGAUCCUGCACGCCGUGGGCCAGGGCGCCCUGGGCAUCGAGGCCCGCGCCGACGACGACCGCGUCCUGUCGCUGCUGGCGGGGCUGGAGGACCGGUCCACCCGGUUGGCCGUCGAGGCCGAGCGCAGCCUCAUGCGGACGCUGGAGGGCGGCUGUAGCGUGCCGAUCGGGGUGGAGACCAGCUGGCACGACGAGGGUGGCGCGAAGCUGAAGUUCAAGGCGACCGUGGCGCACCCGAACGGGACCGAGGCUGUCGAUGGCGAGAGGUGGGCGGCUGUUGAUACCCCGGAAGCCGCCGAGAGGUUGGGGAAGGAGUUGGCGCAGGAACUGGUCGAGAAGGGUGCCCAGAGGAUCUUGGAUGAGAUCAACAAGGCCCGUGCGGAACAUCAGGCGGCUGCGCCCGAGGCUGCUUCAGUCUCGACCUAAUUGUCUUAGGGGUGCUGCUGCUGGGCUGCAGUUUAGGUUGAUGGAUGAUGGCAAAUGGAUGAUGAUGAAUAGACGGCGAUACAAUAUCACGAUGGUCGGGGCUUGGUCGGCAUAAUAUCGAGACGGAAAAAAAGCGAAGGCAUAUAUAGCCCUGGAAAAAUGGCUCGGAAUUGCUUUGCAUUUGAUCUUUGCAUGUUUUGCUUCUUUUUUUUCUUUUCUCGGUCAUUUUCUCCGUUCGCCCCUCUUGUAUAUUAUACUUAGCCUGCCGUUGAAAGCCGAAACCCAGUGCAAAACCCCCGACGCCAACAUGUGCGGCUCUGGUUGGGGACAGUCCGCUGCAUCUCCCUUUGGCAUGCGGGGCCCGAAGGCGUAAUGAACAAUGGAACCAGGUUGAACUC